AAAAGAGGUGGGGAUGGGAAUAGAAUAGAAUUAUUCUCAGCAGGUAAAAGACAAGGAUUCCCCCAUACUUCCAUUGAAGGGACGAGGAUUAUCCCACCAUGCGGGGAUGGGAGUCAUCCCAGCGCUUUCUCUACCAUCUCAUUUAUCAGUAUGGUGUAAAUGCAUUAUCAAUGAUCAGACCAACCAUUCAAAUUAUAUAUGUUUGAUAAUUAAUUAAAUAAAAAUGUUUUGAGUGUUUUUUUAAUAUUUAUUUAAAUAGUUAAUCAAAAUGGGACUAGAUAGCAGGUGACGGGUGGGAUAUGUUGGAGUUGAAGAUGGAAGAGAAUUGGGAUUAUUGGGUUCUUAGACGAGAUGGAUUUCGCUGAUGGCUGAGAACAAAUGUUGUGACAACAGCUUGGUGGAGUGCUCUUGUUGUUAGGUUAGGGUUUUCUGUGGGAUGAGAAAUUUGUUAGGUUCAGGGUUUAGAUCAGUUUUGUUUUCGAAAUACAGGAUCUAGGGGAUAGACGGAAGCCUCAGGGGGGUAAAAGGUUAUCUCUUUUUAGAUUAUUGUGGUCUUGAGAGGUUCACAGCAAUAUGACGGAGAAAAGGAAAAUAUUAAUUAAUUCAACAAUGUAUGUUCACCAAUGAUCAAAGGCAAGAAGAGCGAACAGGCCAGUAUGGGACUCCAAGACUGUAAUAUCUUUAGGAAUUGGUGAGCCAGUUUCAGAACGCAACAGAUGAAGGGACAAAGGAGAAGAUUGCUGCAAAUUUAGCAAAUUUUAUGUAUGAUCCGUACAAUUAUUCAUUCCUGCGCCAGCUUAAUGUUUUGGAACUCUGCCUGGACUGCAUAACAGAACCAAAUGAGAAGCUUGUAGAAUUUGGGAUUGGUGGGAUCUGCAGUGCUUGUGUUGAUCCAACAAACAGUGCUAUAAUCACUCAGUGUGGCGGUAUCCCUCUUGUUAUUCGAUGUUUAUCAAGUCCUAUUAGUAACACCACGAACCAUGCUCUUGGGCGCUUUACCAUCUGUGUGACAUUCCUAACAAGGAAGAAAUUUUGAAGCCAGAAAUGGUUGAUGUCAUUAGGAGAUUCAAGAUAGGGCAUUUCGGUUUUACUUCCUACCAGCAGUGAAAUUGUGCAAUAUUUGAGUUGUACAAAGAGUCUAAUAUGAUUGGCUGGCAACUACAAUGAAAUUACCUUUUCAUGUUGAAA